GCCUCUUAAUUUUUCCUUCCCCUAUUCGUUCAUCGUCUCUCAAACUAGGGAGAAAGGAAACUGUAGAAACCGUUUUCCCACGAAUUUUCCACCCUCCCAAACACCAAUUCACUUCUUUCCCCUUCCAUGAACGCAUAGCAAAGCCUCAAAUAUUUUCUCUCUCUCUAUCUACAAAACCAAGACGACAAUGCUGCCGUCGUUUCUCAGCCCCGUCGCCUUGUACGGCAGCUACCUCCGCCGCUGCUUCUCCGCCGCGGGCCUCUCUCCCCAAACCCUAGACAUCGACGACGAAACCACUAUGCACUUCUGGGGGCCCGACCCGGCCCGAUCAGGCGGCGCCGGAGGCAAGCCGGCUCUGGUCCUGAUCCACGGCUUCGGCCCGGUGGCCACGUGGCAGUGGAGAAGGCAGGUGCAGUUCUUCGCCCCCAAAUUAGACGUCUACGUCCCCGACCUCGUCUUCUUUGGCGAGUCGACAACCAAGUCGGCGGAGAGGACGGAGGUUUUCCAGGCGGCGGCGGUGGCGAGGCUGAUGGAGAGAAUAGGGGUGAAGAGGUACAGCCUGAUGGGGACGAGCUACGGCGGGAUAGUGGCGUACAAUGUGGCGAGGAUAUGGCCGGAGAGGGUGGAAAAGGUUGUGAUCGCGAGCUCGGGGGUGAACAUGAGGCUGAGAGACGGCAAGGCGCUGCUGAAGAGGGCGAAUCUCGAGAAGACGGAGGAUCUCAUGCUUCCGUCCACCGCGAAGCAGCUGCGGACGCUGCUUAGACUCGCCGUGUUUAAGCAGCCUAAUGUGAUGCCGGAGUUUGUCUUGAAUGACCUCGUCAAUAAAUUGUACUCCCAAAAAAGGAACGAAAAGAUGGAACUUCUUAAAGAACUGACCAUAGGACGAGAUGACGAGACAAAACUUUCUCCUCUCGACAAGGACGUGCUGAUAGUAUGGGGAGACCACGACAUGAUAUUUCCCUUCGAGAUGGCUGCUGAGCUCAAAGAGCUUCUUGGGAAGAAGGUGAGGCUGGAGGUGAUGAAGAACACAGGACAUAUACCCCAAACUGAAAAACCUGCAUUGUUCAACGAGAUUGUUAACAAAUUCUUGUGUGAGGCCUCGUGAUUAUGUACUUAUAUUUUGGUCAAAUUAUCACUAAUGUUGAACUCUAUUAAGUGGGCAUAAGUGAAUGUGAUUGUCUUCACUCUGGGGUUAGAACAUGAGUUGAAAAUGAUCUGUCGUAAAUUUUUUAUGUCUAUUUUCUUAAAUAAA